AGCAGUUGUCCACAAGUUUUAAACCUUAUUUCCACCCACCGCCUCUCCUCCUCCUCCUCCUCGCACUGGAGUCUUGUUAGUUAGCUUUUCUUUUCCUAGUUCGCUUCCAAUAUCUCGUUACAUGCGUAUCUAUUAUCCACCCCUUUCUCGUUUACUUUUUCAAAUCUGGGGUUAAUUUUUUCUCUUACUUAUCAUCAUAUAUCUAUCUUCCCUUGCCCAUGUUGUAGUUGUAUAUUCUUAUCCCACCUUCUCACUCCAAGCCAAUCCGAUUCUCUCUCUCUCUCGGCCCUUUUUUCUUUCUUUAACGUUCCUCUGCUUUCUUUCUCGCAUCUCUACCUUUUCUCUGCUGCAAGGUAAUUCAGGGAUGAAAGAUCCCUUCCCACCCCCUUCUCUCUUAACCUGACACGUACACACACCUUCUUUUUGGCCAAAGGUUGCGAGUGGUGUGGCCCUUUUGUAUAUAAAGGGUUCAUUUCUUGACCAUUUUAGUGUUAGUGUUAAUUUCUUGGGUCGAUAGAGAGUUUUGCAGGGGAGAAGAGAGAUGGCAGACUGCAACAGCAGCGAAAACUUCUAUGGCUCUCAAGACAUUGAGCCAGCAUCCGCGACCAAGAAAUAUGGAGGGUUGGCACCCAAAAAGAAGCCCUUGAUUUCAAAGGACCAUGAACGCGCCUUCUUUGAUUCGGCAGACUGGGCAUUAUGCAAGCAAGGAGCUGGAGUGAAUCAAAAGUCAACAGUGGCAAUAGAAACUUUGCGCCCGAAACUACAGAGAACACCUCAUCAUCCACUCCCUCCCAGGAGACCGGCCUGUACAUCUGGUAGCAAUGCAGGGUUAGAUUGAUUAAAAUGUUCAGAGGAAGUGAUUAUAUGCGUUUUACAGACAUCUCUACUCGUCCAAAUUGUGCUCCUUGCAAUUGCCCCCUUUGAAUGUUGAUCUAAACUAUUCUUAAUAAAGGAGCUUUCGUCUGAGAUAAA